AUACCAUGACAGUUGAAUGUACAAUAAUAAAGACUUUAAAUCAGAUGACAAUGUAGCUGACACUGUGCUUAUUAGUGUGUGGUCAACCAGAAAUCUUCAUAGUGUCAUCCAUACAUGAGAUCUUUAUACAAAUGAGGAAAAGACAAUGAAAGAAACUGUUUAAUUGAUAUGAAAUGACUGAAUUAUAUGAAAUAUUAUGGCUUUGUCUGCCAGAUUGUUUUUCUGUAAACUACUUUGAACUACUGGCAGUCAGUGAUGUCACCUAAAGGCAAGAUUCUAUGUUGUGUUGCCGUAGUUUCCAGAGUUUACUUAUAAAGCUCACUUACAGAACUCAGUUAGAAACGUCAAGCAUUUGAAGGACGCUCAUUUGAAGGAAUAUUAACUCAAUAUCAACUCAUUACGGUGACAUUUUCGAUUUUAAAGUUCUCCAAAAUUACAAUGACAAAGGAAACAAGAAAAAUUACCACUCCAGCAGAUAAAGAUUCAGGAGAUCAAGAUUGUAAGACCAGGACUGCUAAAAGAAAGGCCAGUCCUGAAAAGAAGACCCCAAUAAAAAGGAGGAGGGUCGCUGAGCAGGCUGGUCCUUCCACCAGCUCAGAUGUGGUCAAAGGAGUAAAGCGCAAGGUUGUGCAAGAUGGAGAGGGCACAACAAACCAACCAAAGAAGGCUAAACUGCUUGACCAUAUGAGCGGUGACAAGGAACAAGCAUCUUCCUCACUGGACACUGGUAAAGACUUGAACAACAAAAACGUGUGUGCGAAAAACAGCAAAAGAAAGGCCGCGGGAGACAACAGAGAGUCACCCAAGAAAAAGAAAAGGAAUGUGGACCAGGACAAAAAAUCAGUGGCUGACCAAAAACGUGAAUUCGAAGCCAGAUACGUGGAGGAGCACCAGCUCGGAGAAGGAGGCUGCGGAGCAGUGUUUGCUGGCUACCGGAUAGAAGAUCGUUUUCCUGUUGCCAUCAAACACAUUCCCAGAAAUAAAGUCUACUGCAAAGUGGCGGAUGAAAGCGGGAAGAAGCUCUCUGUGGAAGUGGCCAUUAUGCUGAAACUUGCAGGUGAAGCAGAAGGGUCAGUGGGAACAUCAGCACCUGUGUCCUUGCUGGAGUGGUUCGACCUUGGCAAAGAACUGAUCCUGGUGCUGGAGAGACCUGUCCCCGCUGUGGACCUGCAAAAAUACAAAGCAGAAAAUGGAAGAAUUUUACCAGAGGACAAGGCCAAGGUCAUUCUGAAGCAACUAGUUGAUGCUGCAAAGGAGCUUGAGGAUAAACACAUCUUUCAUCGGGACAUCAAGGGAGAAAACAUUCUGAUUGAGACCGGCUCAGAUGUGCCUCGUGUUCGCAUCAUUGACUUUGGACUGAGCUGCUUUGUUAAGCAGCGAUCUCUGUAUCGCGUCUUCUAUGGUACUCCUCUUCACACCCCUCCCGAGUGGUACAGGAGGAGCUGCUACAGGUGUGGACCCACCACGGUGUGGCAAAUGGGAGUGGUGCUGUAUGAAGCGGUUCAUGCACGGGACUUUGAUACCGAGAGGUUCCUCAGCAAGAAACUGACCAUCAAAAAGCGUCUGUCCACAACUGCAUUUGCUGCCGCCUAUCUGGAUGAUGUGAUCAUCCACAGUGACACCUGGGUGGAGCAUCUACAGCAGGUGGCCGCCGUCCUGGAGACCCAGAGGCAAAAACGUCAAGCAUUUGAAGGACGCUCAUUUGAAGGAAUAUUAACUCAAUAUCAACUCAUUACGGUGACAUUUUCGAUUUUAAAGUUCUCCAAAAUUACAAUGACAAAGGAAACAAGAAAAAUUACCACUCCAGCAGAUAAAGAUUCAGGAGAUCAAGAUUGUAAGACCAGGACUGCUAAAAGAAAGGCCAGUCCUGAAAAGAAGACCCCAAUAAAAAGGAGGAGGGUCGCUGAGCAGGCUGGUCCUUCCACCAGCUCAGAUGUGGUCAAAGGAGUGAAGCGCAAGGUUGUGCAAGAUGGAGAGGGCACAACAAACCAACCAAAGAAGGCUAAACUGCUUGACCAUAUGAGCGGUGACAAGGAACAAGCAUCUUCCUCACUGGACACUGGUAAAGACUUGAACAACAAAAACGUGUGUGCGAAAAACAGCAAAAGAAAGGCCGCGGGAGACAACAGAGAGUCACCCAAGAAAAAGAAAAGGAAUGUGGACCAGGACAAAAAAUCAGUGGCUGACCAAAAACGUGAAUUCGAAGCCAGAUACGUGGAGGAGCACCAGCUCGGAGAAGGAGGCUGCGGAGCAGUUUUUGCUGGCUACCGGAUAGAAGAUCGUUUUCCAGUUGCCAUCAAACACAUUCCCAGAAAUAAAGUCUACUGCAAAGUGGCGGAUGAAAGCGGGAAGAAGCUCUCUGUGGAAGUGGCCAUUAUGCUGAAACUUGCAGGUGAAGCAGAAGGGUCAGUGGGAACAUCAGCACCUGUGUCCUUGCUGGAGUGGUUCGACCUUGGCAAAGAACUGAUCCUGGUGCUGGAGAGACCUGUCCCCGCUGUGGACCUGCAAAAAUACAAAGCAGAAAAUGGAAGAACUUUACCAGAGGACAAGGCCAAGGUCAUUCUGAAGCAACUAGUUGAUGCUGCAAAGGAACUUGAGGAUAAACACAUCUUUCAUCGGGACAUCAAGGGAGAAAACAUUCUGAUUGAGACCGGCUCAGAUGUGCCUCGUGUUCGCAUCAUUGACUUUGGACUGAGCUGCUUUGUUAAGCAGCGAUCUCUGUAUCGCGUCUUCUAUGGUACUCCUCUUCACACCCCUCCCGAGUGGUACAGGAGGAGCUGCUACAGGUGUGGACCCACCACGGUGUGGCAAAUGGGAGUGGUGCUGUAUGAAGCGGUUCAUGCACGGGACUUUGAUACCGAGAGGUUCCUCAGCAAGAAACUGACCAUCAAAAAGCGUCUGUCCACAAAAUGCCGGAAUUUCUUGGAAGCAUGCUUAACUAAAGUCCCGGAGAAGCGCCCAACACUGGAGGAGCUCCAGCAUCACCCCUGGCUAAGAUAACACACACAAACACACAAAUCACACAAUUCACAUCUUAUCAUGCAAGUGUGAUACAUUGUAGUAACUUGCUUUCUUUUUUCUGUUGGACAGGAAUAGAUAGAAUGGGACAAUUAAAAAUAAAAUCAAAAUUUUGCUUUCUUGGAGUUCCUGUAACCCCCCCAGCCAUCCCAGGAAAGGGGAUCUCUCUUUGAAUGGGCUUUCCCGAGGUUUCUUCCCAUCAAUCUGGCCCCCUGGGGAGUUUUUCCUCGUCUUCAUAGAGAGCUUGGGCUGGGUCAGGUGCUCCCUCAAAACUGUCUUUAUCUGAUGACAUCAAAUAAAGAUGUUUUACUUAAAGUAAAAUUUGAUCAAAAUAAAACUUGUUUAAUUUA